AUGACCACCAAAGAUCGUUUAGAAAAGGUCGAAUUGUUUGACCGUGACCCAUCCACUUCAUCUUAUGCCCGCAGCGACGUUAAAAACUCCAAAGCAAGCUCAGCGAGCCGUGCUAGUGUAUACAUCGUACCUGCAUUUAGCUUUGCAGUGAGCUGUGCCUUGAUUGGUAUUGCUAUCUACGUUUACGAAACGGCCAAUGGUCAAUCUUCGAAUUAUACCAUGGCCAAUAUGCGUGUGCCCACUGUCAUUUCUUUGUUGAUGACCAUUGCUAAUGUUUUCAUGAUGGGUGGUAUUACACGCGCUAUUUCCGAAUACAAAUGGGUGACAUUGCAAAACGAUGGCGGUAGACUUUCCAUGAUUGAUGUAUAUGAUGCAUGCACACGAGGCAUUGGUGAUAUUGCCAAGGUGGUGACUUCGUUGCGUUUUGAUAUGGUGAUCAUUCCUGCCAUCUUGCUACAACUUGGAUUGAUGGCAGUGGGUCCUGCAUCACAAGAAAUCCUUACGCAUGCCAAUAUUGAAACCUGUGACAAUCAAACUGGUAUCUACUAUUCCAAUGUUACGGGUGCUGAUCUUGCCAACCUUGCCUCAACGGGUGAUAUUGGAUCGCUUACGGGCUUAAAGCAAGACUACUUGGUGCGUACGGCGUUUUCACAAUCGGCCUUGGGUUUUAUGGCACAGCCAUUUUACGAGUGCAAGGUUGGAUCUUUGAACUGCACAUUUGAUGACAUUGAACUCUUUUCGACGACAUUUGAAUGCAAAGAAGGAUCACUCAAUACUGAGAUUGUCAACGUUGCCACCAACAAAGUCACCACGCUGGGCGAUUACUAUGGCUUUAACAAAACCGAUUCCAUCUUUGGCCCUAUGGUGGAUGUGCCUAGCACUUUUUAUGCAGGAUCCAUGCAGGGUCGUACCUAUUUUGAUCUCUACAAUCGCACGGACAACACCUCUUCCAUCAGCACUUAUGAUCCCUCAUUGCGACAAUUAUUCGGUGACCAAACGGUGGUCUUUGUCUUGAACGAAAAUGCCACUUUUGGUGUCUAUAUCGAAAACAAUGCUAUACCUCAAGUGCGCGAAUGUACGCUCCGCAGCAAUUACAACGUCUCAUCCCUUGUUCACAAGGCCGAUAAACUCAAAUUCUACAAGUCAGAGACACGACCUUUGAAUCUUGAUUACGAUUUAUUGUCCAACAACACGUAUUGGUCAUCUGAAUUAUGGCCGAAUCGUCUCCCACUCAAUGCCUAUGCCCUACAAUUGACGGUGAUGCGAUUUUUGUGUGACCAAAAGUCAUUCAAGAGAAUCAUUGGCGAUUGGUAUACUUAUAGCCAAAACCCCAACGACACCAAUCCUCUUGAGAGCUUUUUGAGACAAUCGCUACAAAAUGUUGAUUUAUCGCUUACGUUCUCGCUUCCUUAUAGCCCUAUCUUUUCCAUGAAGGGGCAACGGUGUUACAUCUCGGACAACGUGUACAUGAUCAACCCUGCAGCGUACUAUGCGGUCACCUUGUCAUUGCUGAUACCUCUGCUUUGGUGGGCCACCGUAUGGGUGAUCAGCUUACGCCACACAAACGGCGUGUCACGUGGCAACUCGCAAAUCGCCCUUUUGGUCACUGGAUUGACACAAUCGAUCCGACAGCAGUUUCAAGGCAUGUCACAUGCUGGUCAUAAUGAGCUUUUUGAAAAGGCAAAUGACAUCCAAGUCGUCUUUGGCGAAACAAGAACGGCUGAUGCUACUGCUGAAGGUCGUAUAGGUCAUGUUGCCUUUGGCGCGGUGGGCGAAAUUGAUCCCAUUCAUCGUUCACGACGUCGCAUGUCCAUGUAG